AUGGUCUUGGGUGAAUUCAUGGCUAUGUCAGAAAUUUACAGGCACAACCCAUCAUUUGUACCACAGCCUCUCGCCCGGGGCACCUACGACUCCCUAGAUGGCGUGCACUUCCUCCUCUGCGAAUUCCGCGACAUGGACUCCAGCAAGCUGCCCGACUUGGAGCGCUUCCCCGCUCUGGUGGCUGACAUGCACCGGACCAUCACCUCCCGAGACGGACGUUUCGGCUUCGGCUGCACCACGUACCACGGGAACGUGCCCAUCGAGCACGGCUGGUCCGACUCGUGGGAGGAGUAUUUCAUCCGUACCACCCGUGUGCUCAUCGACAUGGAGCAGGAAGCCCGUGGGCGCAAUGCCGAGAUUCUGGACCUGGCAGGACCGCUGUUUGAAGAGGUGGUGCCGCGGCUUCUGAGGCCUCUUGAGACAGGGUCCAAGCCGAUACGCCCGUCUCUCAUCCAUGGAGAUUUGUGGAAUGGCAACACUGCGACAGAUAAGAAGACAAGCGAGCCCAUUAUUUUUGAUGCUGCGGGGUUCUACGCCCACAACGAAUAUGAACUGGCCGUCUGGCGACAGCCGUGGAACGAAAUCGGAGCACCAUACCGCGCCAGGUACUGCCGGCACUUCCCCCCCGCCGAACCGGCCGAUGAAUUCGACGACAGGGGUGAGCUAUACUCUGUGCGGGUCAAUCUCCUAGAUUCAAUUCUCUACAAGGACGAUGAAAACUAUCGCCACACGUAA